GAAUUUGCAGAACUUAAUUAUCCCUUCCUUCAUCAAAUUGUCUAACAACUUAUUAAGGAGCAAAGCAAGAUUCAGUUUAAAGAUGGGUUAUUCAUGUGAUUUUUGUGGAGAGCAGAGGUCCUUGGUGUACUGCCGCUCUGAUGCUGCCUGCUUAUGUCUGUCAUGCGAUCGAAAUGUUCAUUCUGCGAAUGCACUUUCUAGGCGUCAUUCAAGAACCCUUGUAUGUGAGAGAUGUAAUUCACAACCUGCAUUUGUGAGGUGUACUGAAGAGAAAAUUUCACUUUGUCAGAACUGUGAUUGGUUGGGUCAUGGUACCUCUCCAUCUUCUUCAAUGCAUAAAAGGCAAACAAUCAAUUGCUACUCUGGCUGCCCUUCAGCUGCAGAAUUUUCUUCAAUAUGGUCCUUUUUCUCAGAUAUCCCCGCUGUGGGUGAAACAUGUGAGCAGGAACUAGGUUUAAUGAGCAUUAAUGAGAACAGCAACAAGAGCGGUUGGGUUCCUUCAGAAAACCAGAAUGCCUCUGGUUCAGCUGAAGUGACUGAUCUAAGCAUCAAGGAUAAAUCUUGGGUUGGUGCAUCUUCAAUACCUGAGUCAAGCUCAGAACCUCAUAUUCUGGACCAGCUCAAUGAAUGUAUGCCCAAGUUAUACUGUCCCGGUAAAAAAGCUCCUAGGCUAUGUGAAGAUGAUAAUCUGUAUGAUGAUUUCAACAUGGAUGAAGUGGAUCUAGAUGUUGAGAACUAUGAGGAACUUUUUGGUAUGACUCUCACUCAUUCUGAAGACCUGUUUGAACAUGGUGGAAUUGAUAGCUUAUUUGGGACAAAGGACAUGUCUGCUAGUGCUGGUGAUUCCAAUUGUCAGGGUGGUGUUGCUGCUGAGGUCAAUGCUAUGCAACCAGCAUGCAGCGCAGCAUCUGUAGAUUCAAUUUUGAGUUCCAAAACUGAACCAGUUGUUUGUUUUGCGGCAAGUCAAUCCCAAUCAAACAUCUCUUUUUCUGGAAUUGCUAAAGAUAGUAGUGCUGCUAACCAUCAAGACUGUAGUGCUUCUUCAAUGCUUCUCAUGGGAGAGCCUCCGUGGUGUCCUCCUUGCACUGAGAGUUCUGUGCAAUCUGCUAACCGCAGCAAUGCUGUGAUGCGUUAUAAGGAAAAGAAAAAGACCCGGAAGUUUGAGAAGAGAGUAAGAUAUGCCUCUCGCAAGGCUAGGGCUGAUGUCAGAAAGCGUGUGAAGGGCCGUUUUGUCAAAGCUGGUGAAAUCUUUGAUUAUGACCCUUUGAGCCAAACCAGAAGCUACUGAGGGGGCCUAGAUUUUCUUCAAGGGGAAGAAGGGGUUGUAACCAGGACAUAUUCCAAUGAAUUGACAUUGUAAGCUCAGGAGCGGACUGUGUGUCCUUCACUGCAAAGGAUAUCCAAGUUGUGAUGUCAGCUGACAUGACAAUAUCACAAAGUGCCCCCCUUCAGGCAAUGUGUCACGAAUUUUGUUUGCCUUUCUGUUUAACUUGGCAAAUCCUGCUUCUUAAUUCUAAUCUAAUGCAAAAUUCUUUAGUCCUUUGGCAUUGAUCUUGCUCCUAGUUUGUCAUAUUCUAUGUCAACUUCCCACUGAUCUUAAGUCACAUGUAGAAGUGCCUGUGAUGGCAUGAUAAGUGGCUCAAUUUGAUAGUACUGGAUAAGGUACACUGUAGUAGUAGACUGUAAUAUUUUGCCUCUUUCGCUUUGCCAUGUAUAGUACAGAAUAAACAUAUAUGCAACAAGAGGUGUAAUUGCCCAACAGUUCC